UGUUUUGGUGCGACACCUUGCAAAAGGCGAAUUCAUCAAACUGGCCGACCUAAACCGCCGCGUGUGAACAAUUAUGGAUUUCCAAUGAUAAAUUAUUAUCAUUAUUAAUGCACGAAUCUAGAGUGAAAUUUUGAUAUAUUUUUUUUUUUUUUUUGUUAAAUAAAAUAAUAGCAAUGACUUUGGUGCUAUUUAUUUUGGUGUACUUUGUCUCCGCGGCCUUAGCCCAGCAAAUUCCUCGACCUUUGGCCGGUCACAAAAUCGAAAUGACCUCAGCCGGCAACACUGCUCAGUACGUGCAGUUCGACGACUUGUCGUACAACAUGACCGACUUCACAAUUUGCACUUGGAUAAAAUUGACAAAUUUCACUCAGGCCCAAACCAUAUUCCGUCUGACGGGUAGCAAAAAAGAGACGGUGUUCCUGUGGCGGUUGAUGGCGCAACCCAAGCAGACCAUACGAGUGAUCAUCAAGGGCAAACUGGUGGCUUCGGAAAGCGCCACGUUGGCCAAAGACCAGUGGAAUCACAUUUGCUUUCAGUGGAAGAGCUCUACCGGCAUUUGGGCAAUGUUCGUCAACGUGAAAAUCCAUUCGGUCGGACAAAUAACCGCAUCCGAAGGUAGCAAUAACACAACGGCGGUGUCCGCGUGGAAGUUGCAGGGAACAGGCAACGGAAUACUGGGCGACGACGGCGCGGCGUGCCGGAAUCGAUUCCAGGCGUACGGCCUGUACAUGACAGGCACCGCGGUGACACCGGCAUUGACCGUGCCGGAGGGCGGCAUCAAAUCCAGCAGCGGCGGCGGCGGCGGCGGUAAACGGCGGGUCGUCAAACGAGUGCGGACCGACGGCGCGGCGCCCAAGAACAGGCGUCAAGCGGUUUACGACGAUCUGGACGACCCGGCCGGCACGGCAGCCCCGCCGACACCGUUCCAGUGGCUGGGCAAAGCGUUCGCCGUCAUGAAACGCCUGUUCACGUUCGUCAUCAUACCGUUUUUCAAGUUCAUCCGGAACACCUUUUUCCAGACACGGACGGUGGACGACACCGUCGUGGACGUCAGCGAGACGCGGUUCACCAUUAGCGACGUGAAAUUCUCGCAGACGCUUCCGGACGACUUGGCGGAUUCACCGUCGUCACCGGCGUCGUCCACCACCGUCUCCACCACCACCACCACCACCACCGUGGCCACCGUCACCGCGGCCAACGGCGUCCAGAGGGACGACGACGACGACAAGCAGCGGUCGGCGCGGCAGACGGACGACGAACGGUGCGCGGCGGCCGACCAACGCGUCACCGGCGACGACCUGGUGUCGGCCGCCGUCGACAACGCCGUGUCGGCCAACGCCAAGCGGUACCUGCAGAUGGUCAGCAAAAGUCUGAGCGACAUCGGCGUGAACGCGGCGUUCGUCCGGCAGGCGUUCAUGUGCUGUCACCAACAGCUGUCGUCCCAGGCCAACGUGAUCAACUGGGACGGCACCGGGGCCAAACUGUUGAACGCCGUCAAGUCGCCGGCCGCGCUCGCCUGUGGCCAGUUUUAA